AUGAGUGACUCUGUUGCUCCUGAGGCACCUGAUCUCGAGAACUCAUCUGCUCCCUGGCCCACACCACUGGCACAACCUCCUCAUGUCUCCGACCCUGCUGUCCCCUCAGCGACCAAACGGGUCUGCUUCUACAAGAGCGGGGACCCCCGCUUCAGUGGUUUGCAUGUGGUCAUUAACAACCGCACCUUCAAGACUUUCGAUGCUCUGCUGGACAGUUUGUCCAAAAAGGUGCCCUUGCCGUUUGGGGUGAGGAACAUUACCACCCCGCGAGGCACCCAUGCUGUCCACAGUCUCCACGAGCUGGAGGAUGGGAAGUCCUACAUCUGCUCUGACCAGAAAAAGGUCAAGCCCCUAAACCUGGAGGCAGCCCGCAGAACACUCCCACCCUGGAACAUGACCAGACCACUUGGUGGUCGUAGGGCAACCAACAGAUCUACGCACCAAUCUGUGAGACUGGAUGCCUCACCAGCACUGCAGAUGCCCAAGCAGUUGACAGUCUUCAGGAAUGGGAACCCCAGUGUUUGGCACGUUUUAAUCCUCCAGACCCAAAGUAGCGAGACAUUCGACGGUGUGCUGAAGCAGGUUUCUGAACUGAUGAAGUUCCCCGUGCAGAAGCUCUUCACCUUGGAUGGCAGGAAAGUGGAUGGCUUAUCCGCGCUCAACAUGUGCUGCGGCCCUGUGGUGGCCUCAAGUCACGAACCGUUUAGGGCAGCCAACUACAACGUGCAGAGUCCCACCCAGACCAUGUUCUUGUCCAGAGUCCCCGAUGCUGAGGAGUAUCACCAUCCACAGCAACAGACUGGAGGCACACAAUCAAGAAAUUCAAAGUCAAGGAAUCUGUCUCCUUCUGAGAUGUACUUUGUGAAUCAGUUGAACAAUUCGGUUAUUGGAAGCUUCUCAGAUUUUCCCAGCAACCGUACUAGCCCAAUGGAGACUGGGAACGAUCUUCUGGGUGCCACGGAGACAGAGCCUUUUCCCCAUGUGGCAAAUGAAAGAGACCCCCGAUCGCUUGUGCCUUCGGAUGACGACAUCGAGAAAUCCUUCCGCAUCAACGAGGAUGGAAGUAUGACGGUGGAGAUGAAAGUACGGUUGACAAUCAAGGAGGAGGAGAUCAUUCACUGGACCACCACACUGAAGCGGUCUACCAUCACCAAGCGAGCCCAGGUUGGCUGUGGGCAAGAAGCAGACCCAAAGUUACCGCGGUCACCAGAGGAAAACACCGAUGCAACUAUCAUCGGUGCUCAAAAACCUGAAGAUCACUCCUCCUCAGCAGGGGACAGAGCAAGCAGCACUUCGCUCAACAUGGAUGAACAGCUGAGGCUGCGAAGGGCACCUACACCUGGCUUUGGACUUGUCACACGGAAGCAGUCAUCAGUAGAAAGCGUCACAGCCGUGUCUGACAGAAGGGUUACAAGGAGCCUGGUUGGUGCAUAUUCUUGCACAGAGGAAGGGCCCGACGGAGAGGUAACUGAGGAUCACUGGCUAGUCUGCCGGACAAACAGCACGUCUGUUCCCAAAGCCCGAACAGCCAGGUUUACAGAAUCCGAGGGAUACUCUGCCUCCCAGUCCUCUGACGUCUCAGAAGUCCUUCAGAUACAAAACAACAACGAGGCAGAAAGGACUGAAUUUGUUCUGGACAUGUGUGAACAGCAGAGUCAUUCUGAAAAUGAUUUAACUGAUACAAGGUUGGGCUCUCAGGGUGAGACUGCAGAUCCUGUGAUCGCUUUGGACAAGAUCACAAACUCCUCGUACCCAUCCACUGAUAGUGAGGUACCAACACCAGAUUCAGAACAAGUCCCCAGAGAAUCAGAACACAAAGAGUUAAUCACAGAAGAGGGUCCAGUGAGUCAAAUAAAGGAGGCAAAGGAGAAUAAACCGAAGAAGAAACCAAAGGUGAAAAUGAACAGUAGCUCUCCAGGCAAGAGUCCAGACAGAGGGCCAAAGGAGGAAUCCACUGACUGCAUGGAUGAUGGCAGUCCCAUCACAGAAAUAGAACCAAGAGCUGUGUUUCAGAUAGGAAGCGGCUUCCCAGACGAAUCUGAAGAAAACGAUGAAAUGAAGAUGUUCACUGAGGACAAACACCUUUCCCAAGACCACAGCUCCACCGAAACUGAUCCAGUAACACAGGAUAUGCUGGAGAAGGUGCUAGAUGAGGUUCACAAUGAUGACUUUCAUCACAGGAAGACCUUCUGUAGCGGAGGGUCAAGUGUAUCCAUAAAACCCACAGUCCAGGUGCUGCCAAUGACACUCAGGAGGUCAGCAGAUAUGGCCCCUGAAGCUGACGCAAUGCAAACUCUUGACUCCAAACAGGCUUCAGAGAGAUAUGUGAUGCCUGUACUGGAGAAGCUGUAUUCAACAAUACCCUCAAUGAGACACAUGUCACACCACAGUCAGCCUUCAUGCAUGGAGAAGUCCUAUAGCUUUCCCGACCUGGCAUCCCACAAUGCCUCCCCUUUGGGUUCGUCCUCCAAGCUGCUUGUAGCGUUUCUAUCAGCAGUAGCCUUAAAUGAACUACCUACUAACAGCAGCAUAGGAAAACCCUUCAAGAAUGAUGGAAGCUGCUCUGAGGCUUUGAGUGUGAUUGAGUCGCUGCAGAAAGUGGCAAACAUCAGGGACACAGAGGAGCUAAAGGCCAGGCUUUCAGAUUUGCAAAGGGAAAACUCCUUCCAUCUGCAUAGCUGCAGGAGCUUACUAGAGCUGAACGGCAGAUGGGAGACUCAAGGCCCAUGUCCUCAAGAUACUCUGGACAGUUCUGCUCUGGAGCCUAUCAAAGCUGGAAACGUUUCCCAGGAACCACCCAAUGAUUUUGAAGGGCUUCUGGAGGAGCGCUGCAUGUCCACAGAAUUCCAGAAGGAGCUCAUCAGUGAAGAUCUCGCAGAGCAGUCUGCAGAGUGUAAGAGCUUAAUUGAUUCUGGAGAUGACAAAGCCAUGCAAAGUGACAGUUCCAAAGAUGACCCACCAUGUGAAGAAUCUGAAAUAGAUGACAAGGUUCGGACCUUAGAAGAAGGCAGCUAUGAAGAUGAAAAAGACGGUGACAAGGACGAGAGGGGAAGCCCCAGGCAGCUAACCAGAAAAGAAGUCAUCUCAGGUGACUCAUGUGAAAAUCUUCUUUCACACCUGACUUUGUCCCAACAGUCCAGUGAGGCUCAUCUGAAAGAAGCUUCUGAAAUGAGCAAGAGCGCUGAAUUCAUCUGUGACAACGCAAGGGAGCUCCACACCAUCGCUGGAGAAGAUGAAGCAGAGAGAGAACGAGAGGAGCACUACUGGGAGCCCUCAUCUCAUUGUGUUGAAAUUCCCCAGGACUUGCUGGACUUCAUAAACUCAGCUCUGCUCUCUUCAACCCUUUCCUUCAGCUAUGACUGCAAAGGCAAUUUAGUAAUAGAAGCUAAGGAACCCCAAAGGAAAACAGCAAAGGAGAUGUUUUUGGCCCAAGGCAAUGCGGAUGUUCAGUAUGGUAGUAAGCGACUGCCGAGCCCAAACACAUCUGACCUUUCUGACUACAGACCAGAGACCACAGACAGUGAAGGAUUUAAAUCGCAGGAAUCAGCUGAAUUAUUCACAGAAAAUGAGGAGGAGAAUUUCAAGAGGCCGCCUGACACCCAACGCGAUUCAAGAAGAAUGAAAGAAAGGAUUUGUGGAGGCAACGAGGCUGAAGUUUGUAAAUCGGCGAUGAAAGCGUCUUUCUCGGCAGCUUGCCCGGAACAACACAGCGAUGCUAAGUACAGCAGCGCAGGGAGCUUCAGCAACCUGGAUGGGUCCGGGUGUGGGUCUGGAGUGGCAACGGAUGUAGCGUAUUUCCACACUGUAGACCCAGAGGAGGAUUGUGGUGAGCGGAGACCACGUGUGGUCCCCAGCACUCCGAUGGACUUAAGCGAGGGUGUCUUGAUCGACAAGGGCCGAUGGCUGCUCAAAGAGAACCAUCUCAUCCGCAGGUCUCCACCUGAGCCCAUGGGCAUGUAUGGGAAUGUAGACAGCACAUCAGGCGACUCGGGCCAGGAGAACGCCAGUGAUGAUGACCCCACUGCCAAUUUAGGGGGCCCCGCAUCCGGUCUUGCCGCCAUCUCCUCUUCGGAGUUGGAGGAGCUGGCCAAGCCGAACCCGACGCCACAGCUUGCCUAUUUCAACAUGCCCCACGCCAGCGACUCGGACCCCUUCCAGGAUGAGCCUGGCACCAGGAGCAGCAGAGAGGAUGCGGACGCCAAAGAGUCCAAGAACAAGAAAGAUCGUGGACGGUCCCCACUUACUGAGGCUUCCACGACAUGGGCAAAAAGGAGGAGCAGCCUCAACUCCUUCACCUCGGUCCAAUUCAAAAUGCCAGAUGGCAAGGUGCACCCGUUGGACCCAGAGCAGGCCGCAGAACAGAGCUGUGUGGCUGGAGCAGUGCAGAUGCAGGAGGCACCUGACAGGCGAGACCAAGCCUGCGGACCACACUGCCCCAUACUAUAG